AUGUCGGCCAUUGUCGAGGGCACACAGCCCCAUGGCCUGCGUAAUGGCGACGUUCUCUCGCACGUCACGGCGAACGGGGAUGUCAAGGCCGAGGCGCUGCCUCAAGACCCAAGCUCAGGCCCCAAGGCUGGCACCGCACAACCGACAACGACACCGACACCGACGCCGGGCGCUGCCAACCUGCCGCCGCUCUACGACCACUGUAUUGACGACCUGCGACCCAUCAAGGUGAUUUGCAUCGGGGCGGGGAUUUCAGGCAUGUGUGCGGCGAUCCGGUUCAACCAGCGCAUCCAGAACCUGGACUUUGUGGCGUACGAGAAGAACGCAGACAUCGGCGGCACCUGGUUCGAGAACCGGUAUCCCGGCGUGCGGUGCGACAUCCCCAGCCACAGCUACCAGUACACGUUCGAGAGCAACACAGCCUGGAGCGAAUACUACGCCGCGGGGCCCGAGAUCCAGCAGUAUCUCCUCCACACGGCGCGCAAGUACGGCGUGUACAGGUACGUCAAGUUCCGGCACGAGCUGAAGGGCGCCACCUGGCACGCCGACGAGGGGAAAUGGGAACUGAAGAUCCAGAACCUGGCCACCGGCGAGACCUUCACCGACACGUGCGACUUCUACAUCAGCGCGACCGGCAUCUUGAACAAGUGGAAGUGGCCGGAGAUCGAGGGCCUGCAGUCGUUCCAAGGCACGCUGGUCCACUCGGCCAACUGGGACAGCAGCAUCGACCUCAACGGCAAGGACAUUGCUCUCAUCGGCGCCGGCUCGUCCGGCAUCCAGAUCCUGCCCCAGGUGCAACCCAUUGCGAAGCGCGUGGACCACUACAUGAGUGGCAAGACCUGGAUCUCGCCCAUUGGGUUCGGAAGCGAGGAACUGGUGGAGCGUGGCGCCAUCGGGAAUUUCAAGCACACGCCCGAAGAGCUGGAGAGCUGGAAGGACCUGAAGAAGUACAUGGAGUACCGACACAAGAUCGAACGGUCGGUGAACGAGGCGUCGCUGAUCACCAUCUUCGGCACGGAGACGCAGAAGAACUUCCAGCUGAUCAACCGCGAGGCCAUGGCCAAGAAGCUGGAGAAGAAGCCGGAGAUCAUGAAGGCGCUGGAGCCCAACUUCCCGCCGGGCUGUCGGCGGCUUACCCCCGGGCCGGGCUACCUGGAGGCGCUGGUGGAGGACAACGUCAACUUCAUCAACACGCGGAUCAAGCGCGUCGUGCCCGAGGGCAUCGAAACCGUCGACGGCAAGGUGCGCAAGGUGGAUGUCCUGAUCUGCGCCACGGGCUUCGACACGUCGCUCAAGCAGGCGGUGCCCAUCCGCGGCGAGGACGGCGUGCUGCUGGACGACGCCUGGAACCCCGUGCCGGAAUGCUAUUUUGGCAUCUGCCCGGUCAAGAUGCCCAACCACUUCCGCUUCCUGGGCCCCAACGGCGGGCCCGGCACGGGCAGCCUGAUCCAUCUGGUCGAGACGGCGUGCGAGUAUAUGAUCAAGUGCAUCCAGAAGCUGCAGCUCGAGUACAUCAAGUCCAUGGUCAUCCAGGACCAGGCCGCCGCGCAGCUGAGCAAGCACAUCGACACCUACUUCACCCGCACCAUCUACACGCAGCCCUGCAAGUCCUGGAUGAAGCGCGGCAAGGAGACCGGUCGCGUGGUCACGCUCUGGCCGGGGUCGGCCAUGCACGGCAUGGUCGCGUUCCGGAACCCCCGGUUCGAGGACUUCAAAUACACCUACCUGCCCGAGACGGAGCAUGACCGCUUCAGCUGGCUCGGAAAUGGCCUCACCCAGGCCCAGAAGGCCGACCAGGUCACAACCGACUACCUGGACCAUGUUGACCCCCCGCCGGUGGUGGAGUUUGACAAGCCGGAGACGAACGGGGCAUGA